GGCAGCCCGAGGGUGGCGGGGCGCGGGGUCCUCGCUGGGUGGAGGAGCGGCGGCGGCGGCAGAGCGCGGUGAGGGCGGAGGCACAAGCGUGGUGGGAGGUGAUUCCCUGUGCUGCUGCUGCCCUUGCAGUGUGUGCCCCUCACCUUGCUGGCUCUGUGUGAGGCAGGCAGAACACUUCCCUUGGGAUUGUUCUGGACACAGCAGCUUGGACUGAGCCCAGCCUUUCCCUAGAUCCCAAAAUGAGUUCCAUGCUGAGCUCUGCCCUGCGGAACCUCCCCGUGUCCUCAGCCUGGGCUGCUGGGGCCUUUACUCGAUCACUCAGCUGCUCCUCGCCGUUCCAAGCUGCAGUCCAGCCAAAGACUAAGAAGACCUUGGGCAAAACUGGGGUGAAGAAUGUGGUGGUGGUGGAGGGUGUCCGCAUUCCCUUUCUGCAGUCUGGCACCACGUAUGCUGAUCUGAUGCCACAUGACUUAGCCAGAGCAGCACUGCAGGGCCUGCUGACCCGGACCAGUGUCCCAAGGGAUGUUGUUGAUUACAUUGUUUAUGGCACAGUUAUCCAGGAGGUGAAAACCAGUAAUGUUGCCAGAGAGGCUGCCUUGGGAGCAGGGUUCUCUGACAAAACUCCAGCCCACACCGUCACCAUGGCCUGCAUUUCCUCAAACCAGGCCAUGACCACAGGCGUGGGGAUGAUCGCGGCCGGCCAGUGCGACGUGGUGGUGGCCGGCGGCGUGGAGCUCAUGUCCGACGUCCCCAUCCGCCACAGCAGGAAGAUGAGGAAGACCAUGCUGACCCUCAACAGAGCCAAGACCCUGGGCCAGAAGCUCUCCCUCAUUUCCAAAAUCCGCCCGGACUACUUUGCUCCCGAGCUCCCAGCUGUGGCAGAGUUCUCCACCAGCGAGACCAUGGGGCACUCUGCCGACCGCCUGGCCGCCGCCUUCGGCAUCUCCCGCCUGGAGCAGGACGAGUACGCGCUGCGCUCCCACUCGCUGGCCAAGAAAGCCCAGGACGAGGGGCUGCUGCAGGACGUGGUGCCCUUCAAAGUGCCAGGCAAAGACACAGUUACCAAAGACAACGGGAUCCGCCCGUCCUCCCUGGAGCAGAUGGGAAAACUGAAGCCAGCGUUUGUCAAGCCCUAUGGAACAGUCACAGCAGCCAACUCCUCCUUCCUGACCGACGGAGCUUCGGCCAUGCUGAUCAUGUCUGAGGAGAAGGCUCUGGCCAUGGGCUACAAACCAAAGGCCUACCUAAGGGAUUUCGUGUACGUGUCCCAGGAUCCCAAGGACCAGCUGCUCCUGGGCCCCACCUAUGCCACUCCCAAAGUGCUGGAGAAGGCCGGGCUCACCCUGAGUGACAUCGAUGUGUUUGAGUUCCACGAGGCCUUUGCUGGCCAGAUCCUGGCCAACCUGAAGGCCAUGGAUUCAGAUUGGUUUGCACAGAACUACAUGGGCAGGAAGGCCAAGGUUGGAGCCCCUCCUCUGGACAAGUUCAACACCUGGGGGGGCUCCCUGUCCCUGGGACACCCCUUUGGGGCCACCGGCUGCCGCCUGGUCAUCACUGCUGCCCACAGGCUGAAGAAGGAGGGGGGCCAGUACGGGCUGGUGGCUGCCUGUGCUGCAGGAGGGCAGGGUCACGCGAUGAUCGUGGAGCUCUACCCCCAGUAGCAGCCCUGGGAGCGCCGUCCCUCCGUCCUGUGCCUGGCGAUGCCAUUUCAAUGCACUAAUAAAUCCUACACCCAAUCCUUCUUGGA